AUGUGGAGGACGUCGGUGGUGGCAUUGGCCUCGCUGGCUCUGCUGCCAUCUGUGCUGGCAACAGAUAUAUUGAAGACCAAUGGUUUCUCGAAUUGCAACAACGGCUCAUCGACGAUCAAAGUCAACAAUGUCGAUAUCUCAUUCGAUAAGUCCACCGAAAAGAUUGACUUCGACGUUUCGGGUACCAGUACCCAGGAACAAUUUGUCACAGCCGAAUUGAUCGUGACGGCCUACGGCGUCAAGGUAUACAACAACAGCUUCGACCCCUGUGCCGAUGACACCAAGGUCGAUCAACUAUGUCCUGUACCUGCGGGCACAUUUGCCGCCAACGGAUCACAAGUCAUUCCUUCCUCAUAUACCUCCCUCAUCCCGUCAAUAGCCUAUUCGCUUCCCGAUCUCGAUGGAAAUGCUCAGCUGGUUCUUAAGAACAAAGAAGGUUCGGAAGUGGCUUGUGUACAAUCAGGUGUUUCUAAUGGGAAGACCACGGAUGUACCGGCUGUAUCGUACGUCGCCGCUGCCAUUGCUGCUGGUGCUUUGGCUGUCUCGUUGGUGGGUGCCGCGGCCAGUGGUGCGCACCCUGGCACCACCAGUUCGAGCCCUGGUUUCUUCGACGUGAUGUUCUGGUUCCAGGGGAUGGUGAUGAAUGGUAUGCACUCAGUCAACUACCCUGGCGUCUAUAGCAGCUUCGCCAAGAACUUCGCCUUCAGCACCGGGCUCGUCUCCUGGGGUGGCUUGCAAACAUCAAUCGACUCAUUCAGAUCGCAUACCGGAGGCAACUUGACAAAUAACAGCUACGAUUACCUCAAGAACGCUACUUUGGUUUAUCCUGACGGCAGUACAGCCACCACAUCAAGCGGCAUCGCAAAGCGUGCACUGCUCUUGGUGGCACGCCAAGUCACCACGUCCGUCAACGGCACGAGCGACGAAUCCAGCUCUAGCGACUCCCAGGAAUCUCACCUCGUUCAGGGAAUCCAGGGCUACGUUGAGCAGCUUACGAUCCCUCAGGCCAACACCUUUAUGACGGUGCUCUUGAUCUUCGCUAUUGUUCUUGCGGCUAUCGUCGUCGGUAUUUUGCUAUUCAAGGUCAUUCUGGAAGCAUGGGCACUCUUUGGAAAAUUCCCCAAGUCCUUGACGACCUUCCGGAAGGAAUACUGGCGUAUUAUGUUCCAGACGAUCACCAACUUGGUAUUCCUACUCUACGGUGUAUGGACACUGUACUGUAUCUUCCAAUUCACCCAUGGCGAUUCUUGGGCUGCAAAAGUCCUCGCAGCUGUCACACUCGGCACGUUCACCGCGCUGCUCGCGUUUUAUACCUGGAAAAUUUUCACCGUGGUCCAGAAACUGAAGAAAAUGGAAGGUAGUGCCGACGCUCUUUUCGAGAACAAGGAGACCUGGAAGAAGUACAAGAUGUUUUAUGAGAACUACAAGAAGGGUUAUUGGUGGCUCUUCAUUCCAGCCAUAAUCUACAUGUUCGCGAAAGGAUGUGUGCUGGCUGCUGGCGACGGCCAUGGCUUGUUUCAGACAAUCGGUCAACUCGUCAUUGAGUCUUUGAUGCUCAUCCUUUUGCUCUGGAGCCGACCGUACCAGCGCAAAUCUGGCAACUGGAUAAACAUCAUCAUUCAGGUCGUGCGAGUCAUGUCCGUGGUCUGUAUUUUGGUCUUUGUGGAGGAGCUCGGGAUCGCACAAACCACCAAGACCAUCACCGGUGUCGUCUUGAUCGCCGUGCAAUCUGGCCUGACCGCUAUCCUUGCACUGUUGAUCGUGAUCAACAGCAUCAUCACGUGUUUCCGGGAGAACCCUCACCGCAAGCGCCGCAAGGCUGCAGAGAAGCAUCUUUCCCGCGACCUCGAAGGCGACGCAUUCCUCAUGCAACCUACUCCCUUCUCUUCGCCACCUCGCCACGAUCGCAAAACGUCCGAGCUUGGUGGUUACGAACAAGUGCGUGCGCAGGCUUUCUCACGCUUCGGACCCCGACGGGAUGAGAGCCAAGAAACGCUAGUCACCCGUGGUGCCGAGAUGGGCAAGGCUGGCUACCGCAGUUUGAGCCAAGGACGAAGUGACCAUAGUGGAAGUCCUCCACCCUUCUCGAGGGAGCCCAGAUUGCCCGACCUGGCCUUUGAGCAGUAUCGGCACAAGUAG